AUGGAUUUAGGUUCAUCGGUUUCGGACAUAACACAAAAUACAUUUAAUCAAUUAGGCAGGCCAAAACUCCGAAGUUGCACACGUCCAAUUUAUGGUUACGGUAAAAAGGUGAUAGAAAACUUAGGCGAAUGCGAAACACAAAUAAAAUGUGCAAAAUUAGUAAAAGAAGCAGUGCUAGUUGUUGCUAAAGUCGAAAGUGGUCAAAAUUUAUUUGGCAUGGAUUUAUUUGAGAUUUUUAAUUUCGAUAUUGUGCAGGUUAAUAAUAUUAUUCAAAACUCAAUGAUGUUAGAAGAAGAAUCUAAAAAGUUAUUUACAAAUUACCAAUAUGUUUUGAACCUGCAACAGGUGCCAUUCGCGCUACUUGAAAAAUUUAACGUAGAAACUGAUCGACUAGUGCAAAACGGUAUUUGGAAACGUGUUAAGUUCAGCAAUUGGGCUUCUCCAAUCGUUCUCGCACCAAAGCAGGACUGCAGUAUUCGUAUUUGCGGGGACUUUAAUGUAACUAUUAAUAAUCAAAUCGAAAUUGAACGUUUUCCAUUACCUACACGGGAUCAGUUAUUUUAUAAAAUUCGCUAUAGCCAUAUUUUCUCUAAAAUUGAUUUAAAAGAUGCAUACUUACAGCUUGAGUUAGACGAAGACUCAAAAAAGCUGGUUGUCGUGAAAACACCAAAUGAACUGUACGAGUACCAAAGAUUGUCCUAUAGUAUAGCUUGUGCGCCGACAAUAUUUCAAAGAUAUCUGGAACAAAUUUUGCAAGGUAUCGACGGGUGUGGGAAUUACCCCGAUGACAUCAUCGUUGCGUCAACCACUUUACAGGAACAUGUACAACGACUAGAUUAG